AUGAAACUAGUUAAAAAACGAAUUGAAAAAGAUCGAUCGGGAUUCGUUGAGCUUUAUCCCGAAGAACUUGAGGAUAUGUGGCAUGUGUAUAAUCUAAUUUCAAUAGGAGAUAAUUUGAAAGCUACAACAAUACGGCGUGUUCAAAAUGAAAGUAGCACUGGUUCGGUAGAAUCACAACGGAUAAGACUUACUUUGACCAUAUCAGUAGAUGAUAUAGAUUUUGAUCCACAAGGAGGUCUAUUGAGAAUUAAAGGACGUAAUAUUGUCGAAAAUAAAUAUGUUAAAAUGGGCAUGUAUCAUACGAUUGAUCUUGAAUUAAAUCGAAAUUUUACGCUAUUUAAAGCAGAAUGGGAUAUUAUUGCACUUGAACGUAUUGAAGAAGCAUGCGAUAUUACAAAGCAGGCUGAUGUUGCAGCAGUCGUGCUUCAGGAAGGUCUAGCAAAUGUAUGCUUAGUUACACAACACAUGACUAUAGUGCGACAAAGAAUUGAACACCCUAUCCCGCGUAAACGCAAGGGGUUUGUGACAAAUUACGAAAAGGGUUUACAAAAAUUCUAUGAUCAAGUGUUACAAGCGAUUUUACGACAUGUAAAUUUUGAAAUAAUCAAGGUUAUCAUUUUAGCAAGCCCUGGAUUUGUUAAGGACCAACUUCGUGAAUAUAUAUUUGCUGAGGCAUUGAAACAAGAUAUUAGGUCAUUAUUGGAAAAUAAAUCAAAGUUUAUUCUUAUUCAUUGUUCGUCGGGUCAUAAACAUUCACUUCAAGAAGUGCUACAAGAUCCUGCUGUACAAAGCCAAUUAACAGACACAAAGUUCGCAAGAGAGAUUGUAGCUCUAGAUAAGUUUUUCAAGAUGCUUAAUGAUGAUCCUGACAGAGCCUUCUAUGGUUGGGAUCAUGUAAGGAAAGCAGAAGAAAGGGGCGCUAUUGGAACGUUGCUUCUUUCCGAUGAAUUAUUUAGGUCCGCAGAUAUUCCAACCCGUAAAAAAUAUAUUAAUCUUGUCGAAUCAGUUCGUUCAAUUGGAGGCAAAGUGUUAAUAUUUUCAAGCCUACACGUUUCAGGAGAACAACUUAAUCAGCUCACAGGAGUAGCUGCAAUUCUUAACUUUCCUUUACCUGACAUCGAAUUAGAAGAGGAUGAAAAUAAUCAAAUAGCAGCAGAAGAUAAUUCAUAA